CUAUCAUAUGAGAAUUGAAAUUAAGAUUUAAUUUUCGAGGUUAGAAAUGAGUGUAAUUAGUUAAUAUUAACAGUUUUGUGAUUUGAAGAUUUAUAAAACAUUUAAAUAUUUACAUUUUUUAAAAUGGAUAUAGAUAAUAAUGAAAAAAAGGAAAGUGAAACGUGCUCUGAAUCUGCUGAUAUAAAUGAUGUCGAAAAAAACUCACAGCAUUUAGAGAUAAACAAUUCUAAUAAAGUAGAUGUUUGUACUUUACAGAGUUCAGUUAAAACAACAAAAAACGAUAGUGACGUUAAAAGAAUAGAAAACAAGGUAGAACAAAAAAGCCUAAAAACUGCAGAAGAUAGUAUUAAAGAUACAUUCAAAAAACCAAUUUUAAUUGUUGGACCGCGAAGAGGUCAUCUUACAAAAUUAAAAACUCUUUCUCAUAAUAAAGUAGCGGAUAAUUCUGCAAAUUUAGAACAAUUAAAUGACUCAUCAAAGACAGAUGUAUUAACACUCAUUCAACAAAUUCCUAAGCCUGACAAUGCUGUAGAUUUGAAAGUGGAAAAAAAAGUAUCCAUUCCUUACACAGAGCCAUCAUGGAGUGGAAAACCAGAAGGAUCUUAUAAACUUGAAGUUUUAAAGUCGGGAGUUAUAUUAGAAACCAUAGAUAUAUCAGGCGAAAAUUUUUAUGUUGUUGGGAGAUUGCCAAUUUGUCACAUCCCAAUGGCUCAUCCAACAAUAUCACGUUAUCAUGCUAUUCUUCAGUAUAGAGCAGUUGGAGAUCAAAAAAAUGAAAAAGGAUUAUAUGUUUAUGAUUUGGAUAGUACACAUGGAACUUUUUGGAAUGGUAAUAGGAUCAGACCUAAAGUUUAUGUUCGUCUUCACGGUGGACACAUUGUUAAAUUUGGCUGCAGUCAAAGAAAAUUUAUUAUACAAGCUCCUUUAAAUGAUCAAGAGCAAGAAUCAGAAUAUUCUGUUACAGAACUAAAAGAAAUGAGAAGACUUGAAUUAGAAGAAAAAGAAAAACUUGAAAAUCUUCGAAUAGAACAAGAAGAAGAAGAGGAAAGAUUAAGAAAAGAAAAAGAAGAGAAUGAAGGAAUUGAUUGGGGAAUGGGAGAAGAUGCAGAUGAAGAAACCGACUUGACUGAAAAUCCUUAUGCACAAACUAAUAAUGAAGAUAUGUUUUUGAAUGAUCCUAAAAAAACAUUACGGGGUUGGUUUGAACGAGAAGGACAUAACUUGCAAUAUAAUACAGAGGAUAAAGGCAUUGGGAAAUUUUUAUGUUGGGUGGAUUUACCUAUAGAAGCUGGAAGAAAUGUAAGAGCUGAAGCACUUGUGAGUGGGAAAAAAAAGGAAGCAGUAGUUCAGUGUGCCUUAGAAGCUUGUAGAAUAUUAGAUAGAUAUGGAUUGUUACGACAAGCAAAUCAUGAAGCCAGAAAAAGAAAAUCUAGGAAUUGGGAAGAAGAAGACUUUUAUGAUUCCGAUGAUGAUAAUUUCUUGGACAGAACUGGUACAAUAGAGAAAAAACGUGAACAAAGAAUGAAAAUGGCUGGUAAAUUAGAGAAAAAAGCAGAAACUUAUGAAUCUCUGUUGGAAAAGCAUUCCCAAGUUCGUGCAAAAAUAACAAAAAUAGAAAAUACUAUAGAACUAUAUAAAUCACAACAACAUAAAGACAACGAUUCAAAUGUUGAUGCUUUAGAUGCAUUCAUGUCUUCAUUGGAUUCAGCAAUACUUGAUAGGACAGAAAUUAGAAAAAUGAAAAUAGAUCUCUUAAAUUUACGUAAAGAAGAAAUGCAAUUAUUAAAACUAAUAAAUAUAGCUAAACCUGCUAAUUUGCCUUCUCUAAAGCCUCAUAUUCCAAACGUAGCUAAGAAGUCAAAGAUCAAUCUAAAAAAUUCAAAUGUUACAACUGAAUAUGAAAAGAAAACAAAGUCCUGGGAUAAGGACGAUGAUAUAGAAGCAAAAGAAAAAGAAGAAAUACGAGAAAAGUGCAACAUUAAAAGCAUCAAAGCUAGUAAUGUGACAAAUACCAAUCAGAAUGACACAAAGGAAAAAGAUAAAUUGCAUAAAGAAGAAAUAGAUGAAAAGACGAAAACUUGUUCAAUAAAUACAAUCGAAAAAUCGACGAAAAUAAAAGACGAUUUAGGAAAUAAUACUGAUGAAGAUGAACAAUUUGAUAAAGAAAGUUGGAAAAAGAAAAAACGAAAUAUGAAGCGAAAUCAGCAAAGGGCAGAGAAGGCAACAAAAGAAUUGAGCAAAGAAUAUGAUCAAGAUCAGUACAGAGAAGAUUACAAUAUCUGGGUACCACCUGAAAAUCAAAGUGGUGAUGGACGAACCAGCUUAAAUGAUAAGUUUGGUUAUUAAGCAUGUACAUUCGCAUAUUAAAACUUCAUAAAUCUUAUAAUUUUUUAAAUAGACUUAGAUAUUUAUACCAAAAAAAUCAGGCUGUAUCUACUGAAAAUUUAAAAAAAUGCUUAUUUUUUUAAAUUCAUGAAGCUCACAUAAUUGAAAAAAAGAUGGUAAGAUUUUUAAUUUUAAUAGUUUUUUUUAAUUAUUUAUUACGAUUUUUAUAAGUACGCAAAAAUUUCAAGAAUUCAAUCAUUUCCCUAUUGCAACGUGUGCAGUUAAAUUUCGCCUUAAGUUUUCAUUUCGUCUCUUGAGUGCCAACAAUGCGUGAAAAAAUCUUAUAUACAAGAAAAAUUUGUUGGUUAAUAAAAUAAAUCCAUUGCGUAUAUUUAAAUGUCUAAAACAAUUCAUUUUAAAUCUAAGUAACGAAAUACUUUGUAUAGAAAUAAAUAGUAGAAAAUCUACUUUUAUGAGAUUGACAUUGUAAAUGAUUGUAAUAUAUUAACUUUUUCGUUAAUUUUUUUUUAAGCUACUAUUUUAAC